AUGGCUAGCAGUAUCCCUGCAAGUCUCCGGUCAGCCGAUAUUGGACGAUUCGCUCUGCGUGCGACGCAGGUCGAGAAGGCUAAGCCGGUCGUUGCCUAUUGGUGCAACUUUUACAUCGUGAACCAAAUAAUCGAAAGAGGAUUACACACCUCCGACGAUGAAGUCAAAUUGUAUACCACUGAUCUGGUCGACAAGCUCGAACAAUUUAAAGUAGAAAACCCAGAAAAUGAGACCGUGACAGAUAGUAUUGCAGCGAAUGCAUAUGUGGAGCAAUUUGGAUUGGAGGUCUUCAACCGCGCCGAGGCAGCUAUGACUGCUAACAAGGUCACCAAACAAACAGGCGAUACAUUCCAAGCGGCGGCAACUUUCCUCGAACUAUGUCAGAACUGGGGUGAUCUGGAAGCUGAAAUUGCAGGGCGCAUCAAGUUCGCCAAAUACCAUGCAAUUCGAAUCGCAAAAGCCAUUAAAGCGGGAGAAGAUCCCAAUGCCACUAAUCCAGUACAAAAGGAAGAAGAGGAAGAAGAAGACGUAGCUCAAAUCGAGAGUUCAGAUGUGCAGGCCUUCGACAAGUCCGUGGCAGAGCAGGCUUCCAAACCACGACAGGUAUCUGUGGAGGAAAUCCCCGACGAGGCCGAUCGUCUUGGACGACAGAUGGCCCAUCAAUCGUCGUUAGAUGAAUCUCUGCACCCAUCCCGGACAUCAUCGCUACCACCAGCCACAGCUUCAACACCAGACAUUCCAUCUGUUCCGCGCAAUGCGCCUGGCUCACCACCGCAAAGUAUGGAUAUCGAUAAUACCUACUCUGGAGGCCUGGAGCUUCCUUCUACCCCAUGUACUAUUGGGAACUCGGCCUCUAUCCCACAGCUGCCAGAUACGCCUGGGUCCAGCAGCAACCACAUCGCCCCCUCAACCAAUGCCUUUCAAUCUUUCCCUCCCCCAUCCUCGAGCCUGCCUGGUGUCGCACCAGACCCAGCCUCAUUUUACGACCCCUCGAGCGCUAGUGCUCAUAUUCCUGCACCAGCAGCUUCGCAUUCUGUUCUGCCUUCAUUCACUCCUGCCCCUGUGGUCCCAGUGCCGGUCGCUUCGGGUCCGCCUUCACAAACAGUCGAUGAUAAUUCUAUUACCCUUGCUCAGAAGCAUGCUCGCUGGGCUGUCUCUGCACUGACGUUCGACGAUGUCAACACGGCGAUUAAGGAACUGAAGAAUUCUCUGCGAUACCUCGGCGCUGAGUAA